AUGGUAGCAGGAGACUUCAGGAGACUCCCAGAGGGCAGAAGCCCACUGCGACGUAUCUCCCACACGCCUCAUCUAGACCAGAGACCACGAAAGAAGCCUCGCAAGAAGCUCCAAGUGAUCAUCUGUGUACUUCUUGUGGAGUUAUUUGAAAGGUUCACUUUCUUUGGGAUUGUAUGUAACAUGAUUCUAUUUUGCACUGUGAAGCUCGGAUAUGACAACUACCUCGCUGCAACAGUCAACCUGUGCUUCAUAGGAGCCAGCACACUCACCCCUGUUCUGGUUGGCUGGUUUGCAGAAGCCUGUCUAGGAAGGACUAAGGUGCUAUACGUGUGUGCGUUUCUUCAUUUCUUUGGUACAGCCAUGUUGCCUGUGGUGGCAUUUCCCUUUGAGGAUUUCUACAUCGACAGCCACCACAUGACCCACCAGCUGGGGUCUCGGGAGCAGCAGAUUCUUUUUUACACUGGCCUGCUGGCUGCUGCACUGGGCAUCGGUGGCAUCCGAGCUAUCCUUUGCCCCAUGGGAGCUUACAACCUGCAGGGCUACAACCAGCACCAGCUCCUGACCUUCUUCAACUGGUUCUACUGGCUGGUGAAUCUGAAUUCCACUGUUGUGUUUCUGGGCAUUGCUUACAUCCAGCAAUCUGUGGCCAAAAAUCUGGGCUUCCUCAUCCCCUUCACCUCAGUGCUGCUGGCUCUCAUUGCCAUACACAUGAUGCGCAGUAACCUCACCUACAAACCCAAGAAAGGUGGAUCAUUACUGACCACAUUGGGAGUUUUCUUGAACUCUUUCAAGAUGUGCUGCCUCCACUAUCGCUACUUGAGCGGGCAGGUAGCAUCUUGGCUGGACCAGGCGAAAGAGAAUAAUGGUGGCCGGUACAGUGAGACUCACGUGGAGAAUGCCAAAGUCCUGGCCAAGCUCUUCCCUCUUUAUGGGCUUCAGCUGCUCUACAGAGUCUGCCUCACACAGAUCCCCUCAGGUUACUACAUUCAGACGAUGAGCUCCAACCUUCACCUGAAGGACCACCUUUUGCCCAUCGCUGCCAUGAAUGUGAUCAGCAUCCUGCCUCUGCUGCUCUUAGCGCCACUGAUGGAGUGUGUGAUGACCUGCUACCUGUCCAUGGAAAAAACUCCUCCAGCACCUCCCCCUCUCUCAUCACCCCACCCUGUCCAUCCUCCCCCUCCAGCUCUGGGCCAUGCAUGUGCCACUCUGUCGGUCCUGGUUGCAGGUUUGACUGAGCUGCAGAGGAAGUCUUACCCCCUGGUGGAGCAGACACUUUCUGGAAAGCUUUUGCAAGUUUCUUCCAUGCCGUGUUUCCAGCUGGCUCCUCAGUACAUCCUGCUCGGUCUGGCAGAAGCUCUCGUCACCCCUGCGUGCUCCCUCAUUUCUUUCCAGCUCACCCCGAACCACAUCAGAGGGAUCGCCCUGCACUUCCUCACUCUGUCCUAUGGAGGGGGAUGUUUUCUCGGUGCCUUUAUUAUUCAGCUGAUGUACUUUCUCUCUGGAGGAAGCUUUUACCCAAGCACACUGCAUGAUGGCAAUUUGGAGAGAUUCUUCUUCCUCUUGGCCACACUGAUGGCUGUAAAUACCCUGGCAUUUUGGAGUGUGUCAUACAGGUACGUGGACCUAAGUGUUCAGGGCAAAGCGCUGACCAUCAGCCCUCUGACUGAGAAGCUGCUGCAUUACAAGGCCUGUCUGCGCUUCUACGACACUGUAGACCGCACCGACUGCAUUUUAUGA